AUGAUGCGCGCGGCGUUUGGUGUGUUGGCUUUGUGCUUGGGUGUUGCGUUGGCUGCUCCAGUCAACUCUUUUGAUGAAAUCCCUGCUCAAUAUCGUGAGCUGAUUCCUGAGGAUGCGGCAAAAAUUCUGAAAGAUCUCACCGCUGAGGAUAAAGUCGCGUUGAAGGCGAUUGCCGAGCGUCACAAGGAGUUCAACAAUGAGGAUGAGGCUAUGGCCGCCCUGAAGGAGAAGAGCCCAUCCACACACGAGAAAGUCAACAAAUUACAUCAAAUGGUCAGAGACAAGAUCAACUCGCUCAACCCUGAGGCUAAAGCUUUCGCCAAAGAGGUGGUGGCUGAGGCUCGAAAAAUUCACGCGGCUUAUAUUUCUGGAAACAAGCCUGAUCUUGAGGAGCUAAAGGCCAAAGCCAAGGAGUUCAUCGCCAAAUUCAAGGCUCUUCCCGAGGCGGCCAAGGAGGAUUUCCGUGCCAAGUUCCCCAUUCUCACCAGUGUGAUCAAGAGCGACAAAGUGCAGACCCUCGCUAAAGGUUUCCUCGGAAUCGAGAAC